CGACUGCAGUCGGAUCAUUAGUAGUCCGGCGAAUUUAUAAUAUUAAGUAAACCUUGUCUAGUUUAUUAUUUACUUGAUCUUGGUGGUUUAAAUAAACAAAAAAUUAUUUUUUGUUAAACAGUAAAUUGUUAUUUUGUAAUAAUGGAUCCCGAGGCAUUUUUAGACCUGGCCAAUCAGGUCAUUAAAUUAAAAAUGUUUCCGUAUUUCGAUAUCGCACAUAGUGUAUUGUGUGCGCUGCACGUCAGAGAGGAUUUAGGACCCGGUGCUCAAGCAUUCUCACGGAAACACCCGAUAUCAUGUUGGCUGUCAACAAUGCUGGUGGUAUUUGCCGGUGGUAUGUUGUGCAAUGGAUUGAUAGGUGAACCAAUACUUGCACCCUUAAAAAAUACACCUCAAGUAAUUGUCGCAACAGUGGUAUGGUAUGUGAUAUUUUAUACGCCUUUUGACAUUGGGUAUAAAGUUGCUAAAUUUUUACCAGUCAAAAUUUUAUUUUCUGCGAUGAAAGAAAUUUACAGAUGUAAAAAAGUUUACGAUGGUGUCACUCACGCAGGAAAAUUAUAUCCUAAUGCAUAUCUUAUUAUGAUUCUCAUCGGUACACUUAAAGGUAACGGAGCUGGAUUUACAAAAUUAUUCGAACGAUUAAUCCGCGGUGUUUGGACACCAACUGCUAUGGAAUUUAUGCAACCUAGCUUCCCAACUAAAGCAUGCUUGGUAGCAUCGAUAAUAUUUGUCUUGGACAAAAAGACUGACUUGAUUUCUGCGCCACAUGCUCUUGUUUACUUCGGAAUUGUUAUAUUCUUCAUUUAUUUCAAGCUUUCAUCAAUCUUGCUGGGAAUUCAUGAUCCGUUUGUACCCUUCGAAAAUCUCAUCUGUCAAAUAUUCUUCGGUGGACUGAUGGACCGUUUUACAAAACUAUUUGGACGUGGACAAGUAAAAGAUGAAAAAGCUGAUGCAAAAAAAAAUAACUAAUUUAUUUAUUAUUAAUAAUAAUUAAUCAUAAUCUUCGCCUUCCUUUUUUUCUAGAUCAACGCUCAUUAAUUCGAUAAUUUAUAUCAGAAAUUAAUAAUUUGCAUUGAGAAAUUUUUUUUUUUUACCAAAGUUUUCUUCAUACUCAAAUAAGUCUAGUCAUAAAUAUCUAGUCACUCUGAAAAUAAUUAUAAUUACGUCGACUUACAAUAUUAAAAAAUUGCAAUUGCUCAUUAAAAAGUAAAGUUACCAAAUUUUUUCCAAGGAUAUUUUUAUACCUACAAUAAAAUCAUGGUAUAUAUUGAUAGAAAAUAAAGUUUGAAAAAGUCUUGAUUGUUUUAAA